ACCCUCUGGAACACGCAAAGAAAACAACAUGAUUAGCGCGCGUCCCCGUUCGGUAAGUAAAUAAUGGUCCAAUUACGUACCCCAUGGAUGCGAUUUUGAUCGUUAUCAACAAGUGCAGAUUUUUAUAACCGAGCGUGCAUCCGAGAUGCAAAAACUGGUCAUCGUGAUCUGUCUGUGCGUACUAACGUCAUGCUGGGCGGCACGAGGCGGCGGACGAGGAGGGAAGCACGGGAGGGGAAGAGGGCGAUACUUCAACAAUCGGGUACCACCGGUGAUUCAGCACAGGAACCCGGCCUCGGCCAGCUACUACGAGAACAAAGAUGGUGCGAAGAUCGUCAAAGCCAGCCACUUCGAGCUGGAGUACAUGCUCGGCCGCAAGAUUACCUUCUUCUGCAUGGCCCAGGGCUACCCCCGGCCCGAGAUCACCUGGUUCAAGGACGGCAUCGAACUCUACGCGCACAAGUUCUUUCAGGUGCACGAGUGGCCCCUCGGCAACGACACCGUCAAGAGCAAGAUGGAGAUCGACCCAACCACCCAGAAGGACGCCGGCUACUACGAGUGCCAGGCCAACAACAAGUACGCAAUCGACACUCGAGGUUUCCGCACCGACUACGUUAUGAUCGCUUACUGAAUGUAGAUUUUUAAGUCGAAUAAAGGAUGUAGUUUGUGGAAGA